AUGAGUUGGACUCCAUUUACAAAUCGGAUUCCCAAUUGGCGUAGACUUCUGACUAUUCUUGGAGUUGGAUUCCCAGUAGGAAUAAGCUUGCGAUUCCUUCUUGGCCCGGGUUGUCCUACUUGUAUAAAUACAUGGUUUCUCUUCACUCUUUCUCACAUUGCAAACUUAACUUCUCUACUUUCUAACUUGAGAAAGAUCUUGGAGAAUUUGUACUGCUUGUUGAAGAGAGGAGUUGAUCAAGGUGGUGGUCCACUUGUUCCCAUCACCUAUUGCAACGUGAGUUACAUCAGCAAGAAAUUGAAGCUUGGAUUGGACAUGGCUAAGGUCCACCGUGCUUUGAACAUCCCUUUAAGGUUUCACGAGUGGCGCUGGUUGUUGAGCGAGUGUCGGGAGGAAGACGAUUGUCUGCCCCUUGCCGAGGAUGUGGAGAGAUGGAAGAAGAAUAAUCCGGACCCUGAUAAUCUAUCUGCUAGACAAGAGGAGUGCCCUGAUGAACCCCCAUCAAAAAGGAAGGCUGAUACCAAGAAUGUGUCUCCAUUGAAGAAGAAGCCAAAGCUCCCUUUUGCUGAGAAGACCCAAGUAGGAGUUGUUCCUGCAUCAUCUGCCAUGGUCAAACAUCUUGUUGGUGCAUAUAGAAAGAAGAUUGGUGGUAUGCGCAACAUUAGGGAUGUUCCCCUUAAGCCUCUUGCUGAUGAGUUUGGAGAUCGUGAUCUGCUUCGCAAAGUAGUCCGUGCGCGAUCUAGCUCACCUGUUGAAAGGCAAAGAGAUGCGGAUGCUCCUCUUCGAAUCAAGCAUGGAGUUGAUUCGUUGUCGCCAAUUCCUUUGGAAGUGAGGUUGGCAGAGGCUAGCAAAGCAAAAGAGUCAUCUACCUGGGCGAAAGGUUCUUCUGCAAUGUCAGGGGCUAAUCUAAAGGUGGACAAGUCCAGCCCUGUAGGGGAUGCAGGCAUGUCUGAUCUGCUCAAGACGCACUUUCUAUCAAGUCCAUCCGCUUGUGCCGAGCUGCUCAGUGAGUUGGAGAAGAAGAAUGCUGAGCUAGUUAGCAAGCUUUCUGCCGAGCAGACCCGUUAUGAGAAGAAGACAUCUGAUUUGACAACGAUGAUAUUUGAGCUAAAGAGUUCCCUUGCUGAGAAGGAUUCCAAGCUUAACUCUUCUAUUGUUGACUUGGCUAGUCGAAAAGAUGCUUACUUUCAUCUUGAGCACAAGAGUGUCAACAUCUCUCAUAACUAUGACAAGCUUUUGGCUAGAUUUCGCGCCUAUCAUAAGUCUGCUGAAGAAUCCAAUUCCGAAUCUACCAUGGAUGCAUACAAGCUGGGCUACUUAGACUAUACAAAUGGAAAUGAUCCCUUCUAUGCCAUUGGAGAUGAAGACAUCGAGAUGCUCUGUCCUGACUUGCUCCCUGUGUAA